AUGGCCGAGAUACCGCCGAUAAUAUCGGUUUCGCUGUUUAACCGAGAUGCCGAUAUUACCGGUAUUGGCCGAUAUUCCGCCGAUAUUGGCCGAUAUUUCACUGAAAAAUCAUGGAGAAAGCAAAAACUUGUGAAGCUAGGUAAUGGUAUGGCAAUACCAAGUGUUCAAGAAUUGGCUAAACUCACGCUUUCUGAAAUUCCUUCUCGAUACAUAUGCACCGAUGAAAACCUUAUGUUUCCUAUGGGUGCAUCUGUGAUAGAUGAUCAUGAAACCAUUCCUGUCAUUGAUAUAAAAAUUUUAUUAUCUCCAGAACCCCUAAUCGGAAAGUUAGAAUUGGAUAGGCUUCAUUCUGCUUGCAAAGAAUGGGGUUUCUUUCAGGUAGUAAACCAUGGAGUCGAUGCUUCAUUGUUGGAUAAUGUAAAAUCAGAAAUUCAAGGUUUCUUUAACCUUUCUAUGGAUGAGAAAACUAAAUAUGAACAGGAAGAUGGAGAUGUAGAAGGAUUUGGACAAGGCUUUAUUGCAUCAGAGGACCAAGCACUUGACUGGGCAGAUAUAUUUAUGAUGCUCACUCUUCCUCUCCAUUUAAGGAAGCCUCAUUUAUUUUCAAAACUCCCACCGCCUCUCAGGGAUACAAUCGAAUCCUACUCAUCAGAAAUAAAAAAUUUAUCCAUGGUUCUCUUUGAGAAGAUGGAAAAAGCUCUACACGUACAAGCAGCCGAGAUUAAGGGUAUGUCAGAGGUGUUUAAAUAUGUGACACAAGCAAUGAGGAUGAACUAUUAUCCCCCUUGUCCUCAACCAAAUCUCGUCAUCGGUCUUACGUCGCACUCGGAUUUUGGCGGUUUGACCAUCCUCCUUCAAAUCAACGAAGUUGAAGGAUUACAGAUAAAGAAAGAAGGGACAUGGAUUUCAGUCAAACCUCUACCUAAUGCGUUCAUAGUGAAUGUUGAAGACAUUUCGGAGAUAAUGACUAAUGGAAUUUACCAUAGCGUCGAUCACCGGGCAGUAGUGAACUCAACAAAGGAGAGGCUCUCAAUCGCAACAUUUCAUGAUCCUAGUCUAGAGUCGGUAAUAGGCCCAAUAUCAAGCUUGAUUACUCCAGAGACACAUGUUUUGUUCAAAAGUGGAUCUACGUUUGGGGAACUUGUGGAGGAAUGUCAGUCAAGGAAGCUCGACGGAAAAUCAUUUCUUGACUCCAUGAGGAUGUGAAAUCUCAAGAACACAAUAAUACUACGUGAUUGGAUGUCAUAUUCAGCUGUCUUUUUGCCGUUUGUUGGUGCUCGAGUCCUUAAUUGUUUUCAUCAUUACUUUUGAUUCUAAUUAAUAAGACUUUUCUCAAGAACUCUUAUGUAAUGUACCUUUACUUCCAGAAAAUAAAACGUAUUGAGGCAAAUGAGAAACAAUAAUUAUUAUUGACAGAGUGCUUGAGAAGUGUAAUUUCUCGAGAGUGUGUUGUGUUUGUGUUUUGUUAUAUGUUCAAUUUUGUAUUGAUCUUAGUUUUGGUCUUUGUUUCCUAUGGUUACUAAUUUUUCCC